CGCAGCCAUUUUACAAUUCACUGUGGGAAAGAACUUUUGAGAUUCCCUUUAUUUUCUCGAUAGAAUGACUUUAUUUCAUUUCGGAAAUUGUGUGGCUUUAGCGUACUUUCCUUAUUUUAUUGUCUACAAGUGUUCUGGACUGUCAGAGUACAGUGCAUUUUGGAGAUGUGUGAAGGCAGGGGCUGCGUACCUCGUAACACAACUUUGUAAGAUGUUGGUAUUAGCAACUUUCUUUCCCACAUCAGAUGUUUCUGCAGGUCAUAUCGACUUUAUAGGGGAAUUUCUUAGAUCCACAGUCGACUUUGCAGAUCUUGUUGGCCUUCAUUUAGUUAUGACUAAAAUUGCUGGCAAAGGUGAAUUGAAGGUUUUAGUGGCUGGUGUUGGUAAGUUGAAGCAUCUUCUUAAAUUUUUAUAAGGCAAUGUGGAGUACAUUCAGCACAUAUCAGCUU